UGAAGUUGGAAAUAAGCAAUACUAUUCUUAUUGUUAUGUUAGUUUUUGCACUUGAUCUCUUUAAUGCUUCUUUGGCUAACAUUGCCACUGAUGAAGCUGCUCUUUUUGCCUUCAAAUCUCACAUUUCUUCUUCUGAUCCUAACAACAACAACGUCGUCUUGCAAACUAACUGGUCUUCUUCCAUCCCAUCAUCAGUUUGCACCUGGAUAGGGAUCACUUGCAGCGGGCGCAAUAGAGUCACUGCUUUAGAUAUUUCUAGCAUGCAACUUCAUGGUACCAUUCCUCCCCACCUUGGAAAUCUCUCAUUUCUCGUUUCCCUUGACAUCAGUAACAACACUUUCCAUGGAGAUCUCCCAGAUGAGUUGACUCAUUUGCGAAGGUUGAGAUUGAUUGAUAUUACAAGAAACAAUUUUAGUGGUGCCAUUCCAUCAUUCUUAAGUUUAUUACCUAACCUUCAAUUCAUUUACCUUUCCAACAACCUAUUCUCAGGGGAAAUUCCAUCUUCCCUUUCCAAUCUAACAAAUCUUCAACAGUUCAGAAUUCAGAGGAAUUUUCUUCAAGGUAAAAUCCCUCCUGAAAUUGGCAAUCUUCAUUACUUGACGUUUUUAGACCUGCAAGGUAAUAGGCUUACUGGCUCUAUACCACCAUCAAUCUUCAACAUGACUUCCUUGAGACAACUUGCUAUAAUACGCAAUCGUCUUGUCGGUAAACUUCCUGUAGAUAUUUGUAACAGUCUCCCAAAUCUUGAAAUGCUUUUACUCUCAUCAAACAACCUGGAUGGCCUAAUCUCACCAAAUUUACAGAAAUGCUCAAAGCUACAACUGUUGACAUUGUCUGGUAAUGAGUUCACUGGAACUAUACCAAGAGAACUUGGGAACUUAACUAUGCUCACAGUCUUGCAUCUUGGAGAAAACAAUUUAGAAGGAGAGUUACCAGCUGAGAUAGGUAAACUACAAAACCUCCAAGUGCUUGGGUUAAGAAAUAAUAAGUUAAAUGGCACUAUUCCUGCAGAAAUUUUCAACAUUUCAGCAUUGCAGACAUUAACUAUGUAUGGAAAUCAGUUAUCAGGUAGUUUACCUUCAGAUUUAGGCGUUGGAACGCCUAAUCUUGAAGAUGUUUACCUUGGAUCAAAUGAUCUCAGUGGACAAAUUGCUCAGACCAUCUCGAAUGCUUCAAAGCUAACUCUUCUAGACCUUACAAACAACAAGUUUACAGGUCCAAUUCCUGAUUCACUUGGUUCGUUAGAGUUUCUUGAAGUCCUAUUCUUGGGAAGUAACAAUUUCAUUAAUGAGCCAUCUUCUUCUGAGUCAAGAUUUGUCUCGUCCCUGACUAAUUGUAGAUAUUUAAGAGAAGUGGUCAUUGAAGAUAAUCCUUUGAAUGGUUUUCUUCCAUCUUCUAUUGGAAACUUUUCUGAUUCUUUUCGGAUGUUUGUUGCUCGUAGAAGCAAACUGAAGGGCACAAUCCCAGAAGAAAUCGGAAACCUAAGUGGCUUAGGUGUGCUAGCCCUGUCUCAUAAUGACUUCACUGGUUCGAUACCUGAGAAGUUGAGCACUAUGAAGAAUCUUCAAGAAUUUUAUAUAGAAAAUAACAGCCUUAGUGGAACAAUACCUCAUGAUAUCUGUAGUUUACAGAAUCUUGGAGCUUUAAAAUUGACUGGAAAUCAAAUAUCUGGUUCAAUUCCAGCAUGUUUAGGAAAUGUUUCUACUUUAAGAUAUCUUCAUUUAGCUUUCAAUAGAUUGACUUCCACCUUACCUGAAAGCCUGUGGAGCCUUCAAGAUCUCUUGGAACUCAAUGCAUCAGCAAAUCUGUUUAGCGGGCGUAUACCUCCUGAGGUUGGUAAUCUAAAGAGUUUCGAGAAAGAUCUUCGGAUUUCACUUAGAUAAUCUUCAUUCUAGGUAUGUAAGACUAUUAUAAUGUUGUACUAAGUUCAUUGUCGUGUACUACAUCUUCAUACAGUCAAGUUGAGCUUUGAGUUUUAGUUUCAAUUACAAUAAAGUGAA